GUCGGCUUGGUAUGAAGAGGCGCGGCUGUCAGAGACGCAACGACAUCUAACACACCUAAAGAAGAAAGCUCUUCAUAUUUCCCUGCAGGUUAGUCUUUCUUACCAACAAUGUCGGCCAGACGGCUCGUUGGACAAGCCCGUGAGUUUUCUCAGUACCCAGCACCUGUACAAGUAUGUUCCAAGGUUCUUUGUUGCAUCCUGCCCAUUGCUCAGAUAGCAAUUGGGGCAGUAUACCUGCAUGACUGUCCCCGGCAGCCCUACAUCCCCAUCUACCUGAUUGUUGUGGGGGUCUUUGGCAUCAUUCUGUCAGUGCUGCCCUGUCUCCCCGGCACCCAGGACCCCAAAGAUGCACCCCCCACCCCGCUGGGCAGGAUCUGCACAUGCUGGAACUCCCUUACAUCUAUCUUCCUAUUCUGCUGGUUUAUCACUGGAAAUGUGUGGAUCUACUCGAUUUAUCAGCCAAACUACAACAAGACCACAACAGCUGUCGAUCCCUUCUGCGACAAGACGCUUUACUUGUUCGCCUUCUGGAGCACCACGCUGAUCUACAUCCUGCUGGGCUUGUUCCUGCUGAUCGGCUUCUGCGUUUUAUUUUGUUUCUGUCUGUGUGGCCGGGCCGACCCCGACGACAACAUCUGAAGGCUGUGUGACACAACGUGAACUAAGGGAGGAUACGUCUCAUGGGGCUGCUUACGACGAGUUUGCUGAUGAAGCUGUUCGGUUUUUCUGUUGCACUUUCACCGACGCCUGAAACAAACAUCUGUUGUUACAUGAAAUGUCCUUUAAAGAAACGUGUCCUCAAAUCUGGAGAGAAAACAACAGAAUGAGUUGCAUUCUCUUCCCCUACCCCGCGAGAUGUGCAUUUUACCCUCAGAUAAAGCACUUUUUUUAAUUUGAAUCACUGUAAAUGAUGCCUCUAAAUCAGGGGUCGGCAACCCGCGGCUCUAGAGCCGCCCUAGUGGCUCCUGGAGCUUUUUAUAAAAUGUUUGACCUUUUUUUUCCUUUUUUUCUUCUUUUUUUCUUCUUUUCUUCCUUUUUUCUUCUUUUUUCCUUUUUUCUUUUUUUCUCUUUUUUUCUUCCUUUUUCUUUUACUUUUUAAUAUUGACAUUUCAACUUUUUUCUCGAAAUUUUGACUUUUUUCUCGACAUUUUCAUUUUUUUUCUCGACAUUUCGACUUUUUUCUCGACAUUUUGACUUUUUUCUCAAGAUUGUACUCCAACAUUAAUCUCAACAUUUCGACUUUUUUCUCGACAUUUUGACUUUUUUCUUGACAUUUCGACUUUUUUCUCGACAUUUCGACCUUUUUCUCGAAGUGCAUAAUGAAAAGAAAAAUCUUCCCCCAGUUAUAACUAAUAUAGAUACAUGCAGCAUGUGUUUUAAGGCUUAUACAAGACUUUUCAUUUUUUGCGGCUCCAGACAUAUUUGUUUGCUUUUUUGGUCCAAUAUGGCUCUUUCAACAUUUUGGGUUGCCGACCCCUGAUCUAAAUAGUUUCUGAUUGAUGAGCAUUUUCUGCUUCCCGCUUGAGUAGAAUGAAUUAUUUUGUUGGACUUUUCUUUUUCAUAUUAUUUGGAAACACAUUUAGAGUAUCUACUUCAUGUUGAGCCUCAAAUCUGGCUGUAACUAGUUUUAGUUUUCAUUUUUAUUUAAAAUGUAUCUUGUAUUGUACUGUAUUGUAUUGCUCUUGUCUUCUGUGUUUAAAACCUAAAUAUUGA